AUGCUCCCUGACAUCGUGGGCAUCGGACACCAGCUCCUUCAUCGCCGCGUGGCGGAGGAGGGAGCGUGGGUGGAAGCUCCUGAGCUCAUGCUUCCAACAACAGAGGAGAUCGCAGAAAUGCCAACCAGUGAGCGAGAGCAGCGAGCAAGGUUUUAUCUGUCGGCUUUCCUGCUGACCUACGGGGUCACGCUCGUGGUGGGCACGGCCAUUAUGAAAGUCGGGCCCGCAAUCUGCGGGGAGCGCCGCGAUGUCUACGAGCCUAUGGGGAACACGGACUCUGAAGAGGAGGAUUCGGACACUCUGCCGACAGGUCCCGUCGCGCAGGGCAGCCUGAGCGCUACCCGCCAGAGGAUUCUCUUCGGGACCGUCUUCGGAGCAAAUUUGGCGUGCUGCCUCACAGCAGCCAUCGCAAGUCUCGCUACCAAUCGCCUGUCAAAAGACACCGGCUUGGACUGGGAGGUUUACUACCUCCUCUUUCUAAUCAACUGCACAUGGCUCGUAGUGCAAGCGGCCGUUGCUGUGUUUCGGUUGCGUGGGCGGCGCAAGUUUUCGCUUUCCGUCUUUGCCGAAUGUACGAUUGUAGGUACAUGGCCUAUUUUAUCCGACGCGUAUGAUACGCUGAAGGAUGUACUUUUCGGUGCAUUGUGUAUCCAGUCUGAGUACGUGCUGCUGAAAAUCAUCGGCGCGGCAAGCUGGAUGUAUCUGAUACUAAUUCAUGUGUACUUUGCACGCGAUGACAACUGCGUAGCAGAUCUCAUCCUGUGCUACUUGUGUGUUCUCAUGGCACCGACGACAGCGGAGGACGUCGAUGGCAAUUCAACCAGCAUCAGCUACUUCAGCUUCAGCUUUGUUGCGGCAUGGUGCGCUUCUGCAUCUGACACCGUCUUGCCGCUGCUGUACAAGCAGGUGACCCCGACCAAGCGCCAUCUGCUCCUGUACGAGAAUGUACCACAGGCUGUGUUUGCAGUCGUGUACCUCGUGUGGGAGGACGGAGGUUCUAUCCUCGUGGCGCUGCUAAAUCUUGCCAUUCCGGCGCUUCAGAUCUUCCUUACCCACACCCU